AUGCAGAACGAGCAGUACGAGCAGUGGUCAAACCUUGACCUCCGAAAGCAUUGGAGCCUGUUCGACCUUCAAACUACGCCCGAUAAAGAAGGGAAACUUUCCGCAUUCCGACAAGGCAACCUGGUGCUGGUUUCCGGAUGUAUCACGACACUAUGUCCUCAACAGCUCAAGGCAAACAUGGACCAUCCGAUCGGCUAUCUGCCGACAGCCUGGACGCCGGAGCGGAAGGUUCCUUUCACAUCUCCUACACACGUCUCCCGGUUUGAGGGCAUCAAGCAGGUUGGCACAAGCAUGAUGAUUGUCCCGCCCAGAGCGAGCUCCUCAACGGCGCCGGGAGCUCCCAAGGUUUCGGUGAGCGUUGUCAAGAAUGCCGUGCCAAUGGUUCUGCACCUGUCCGGGCUGGCAAUCCACCGUGGCAGCGUUGAUGACGAGGAUACUUGCCAGCCGCUUGUUCUCAGAGAAGAGCGGGCAAACGUGGACGUGCGAGAUAUCAACUUUCAGAACAGCGGGGCUUUGAGGCCGAGAUCGUUUGAGGGCACGAUGAUGCAGGAUGAUCUGGAAACGCCCCGUUUCAAAAUCGAGGGCAGGAUUGUGCUCUUGCAGGGCUCAUUUGAUGCAACAGUCUUCGGGUUCGAGAAGCAGACCAUCGCAUUCUUGCCGGAGGGCUUCCGCCCAUGGCGGACGGUUCGCUGCCUGGCGCCACUGCUGAAGAGGCGGCCCAACCAAAACGGAGAGCAAGACAUCGAAACCGAGCUCCUGGCAGAUGAAUCUCUGGCAGUGACGAUCCACACAAACGGACACAUUGCCGUCGAAGGAGGCAACAUUCAUUCCCUGGACAAAAAAGGCCGCAUGCGGGUAGUGCCGCAGAAAAAGCGUGGCUGGCUGUACUUGGAUGGUGUUCGUUUCAUCCUCGCCAAAGGUGAUCCGAUCGAGGUUUCUGCUGCCCUGGCAGAAGCGAAAGAGAGGAAAGUUUCUACCCUCUUCGCAGAUGAUGAGGAAGAUGCAGUGUCCUACAGGCAAGGCAGUAUCGUGUGUCUUGAAGGGAUCUUGCACUGGCCCACCGCAAAAGGCACACCACAUGCACGCAGAGCUCUUGGCUUUCUUCCCAAAGGUCACUGGCCAAAGCAGCGAGAAGUCUUCUUCACGCGCGGCCAUACCUUCGAGGAGGAAGAGCGAUGCAGGGUCGACAUUGACCGCUACGGCCGAGUGUUCUGCCCAGAAGGUGGGGCCGAACAUGGCAGAGUGAAUCUGAGCGGAAUUAUCUUCAAGGCUGCAGACACUAUGCCGGCAACAUGCCCGCAGUCCCAAGAUUGGGAUGAGCUGUCAAUCCAAUAUGGCACUGUCAAACAAGAUGCUGACCACGGCUACAAGUUGCUGGAAUCUUUCAUCCAGACAUGCACAAAGAAGGAAUGGGCCUACAUCGAGCACGCGAUCUCACAGCAGGUCACUGGACGCAAGCUUCAAACUCCAUGGGGCCAGGGGAUUCAGCCAAGGGGCGUUCAGAGGAUUAACGAGCAUAAUCUCGAUGAGGACAUGAAGUUUCUCUGGGAUAAGAAGAUCCGCAAGGUCGUGCAAGAGAAGCUGGGCAUCAAGAACCCGCACACGCUGUUCCAGCUCUCCCUGCCAAAGCUGCAGUGGGUUUGUGAUCUUUUGCGAGAGGACAAAGUGGGUUUGAAGGACAGGGAGUUGGCCAACCUCAAGAACAUGCACGAACAGCUGUCAGAAGUCUGGGAAAUCUCAAAGCACGGCGACCUCCACUUCAAGCUUCUGAGAGACACCGCGGUGGAGAUUGUCGAUCAAAUGGUCGCGAGGUGGGAUUUUGAUGCGCAGAUUGGCGGGCUCCUGACCAACGACUUCCGGGCACCUGAUUCGAUCAGACAUCUGUAUCCAGAGCGCCUACGCGGGGAGGUUGCCAAGAAGGUUAGUGUGAUGAGCAACGACGACAAGGUGAAGUACGAGGAGAUUUAUCAGUUCUUUAGGAACUUCGAGACGAACGGAAACACGAUGACCCACUGCAGCCUCAUGGGAACAACGGAUACCUUCACUGCUACGGGCAAGUGGUUUUUCCCCGACACCCCAAGCGUGCAGAAGCAGCUCUUUGAAAGCAUUGCAUGGCUCUACGAGAGAAACAUCUUCCAUUACAUUUCCGAACGCCAAACAUCGGUGUUUCCAUUCAUUGAGGAUUUCGACAUUGAGGCAUCGGACGGCUACUGCGAGAGAGACCCUAAAACUGGUCAUUCACCUCCUCCUGACGGCGACAUCAUUUACCGACCAGGGCAGAACAAUGGAGACCCCGGGGAGCUCAUACGCUGGCGUGCCAUGGCCAUCCAUCACUUGUUCCCGCAAAUGGCACAGUUGCGAUGCUUAGUCUACUCUGCAUCAGGCUACAACAAGGGCAAGGACCGGCUGAAAGCGUCUUUCCAUUUGGUCUGGCCCGACCUGAUCGUCGAGCCUGCCACGGCUGCGCAUUUGCGUGAAGUGACUUUGGAGCUCUUUCACGAAGAGUCGCGCAAGGAAGGAUCAUUUCUGCAAAAGCUGCAGAACAAGCUGCUGGGGUUCUACCACUCAAACGAUUGGUUCAAUGUCUUUGACAAGACGACAAUCAGCGCCACAAAUGGUCUGCGACUGCCAUAUAACGACAAAGUAUCGUCGAUUUACCGAAACCCGGAGGACAAGAUCAAGGUUGAGAAUGGGGAAAUGGCGAAGGGCAAGGCGCCCAAGAAGCGUGUCCAAGAAGGCCGCUAUUCCAAGGCGGUCGGAGAGCUGGUGUUCACCUUCGAAGCGGAUGUGGCCACCGGCUGUCAGGAUGACAAGAUCGUCUCCGCGAAGUGGCAGAACACUGACAACAGAAGUAUUGCUCAGUGGAUUCAGAUGGGAUCCUGCCGCUUGGACAUGUCCGACACGGAGAGGAUUCAGCCGACGCAGGUCUGUCCCACCAGAGAGGGCAAGCGACUUCUUCGAAAACUGAAGAGGAGUCGUGAGGGUGAUGGACCCGAUCUCGAUCUGGAGCUUAGUUCGGACGAGGAAGGGUAUGCUUUGAAGACACCACAUCCAAACGUGCCUCGACCUGUCUUGCAAACAGUUUUCGGUGAUGUGAUAGGCCAGGCACGGCGAAGACAAUUCAUCGAGUCACAGAGUUUCGACCAGGUGCGGCGGUGCGAGCUGUCGACUCUCGAGUUCGUAAAGCUGUUUGAGGAGCAGCUGGGGGGCGAGUUGGACGAUUUGGACUUGGAUCAAGAGGAUGGCAACAAGGAGCUUGCGAAGAUGCUCCGAGGAUCCUGGGUCAGUGUUACCCCGAACCAAGCAGUGUGGAGAGGGCCCGCCAGUGAGCAAAGCAAGGCCAAGUGUCUUGGCUGGAUGCCGAGCUGGAGCGUUAAUCGCGGAAAGCACGUUUCAGCGCCUUCGAUGAGCAGACCGCUUGAACUGGUAUACGUUCGAAGGUUUAACAACAAAGAUGUGGGAAAGAUUUUCGUGGAUGGCCCGACAAGGAGGAAGCAGUUCAUCCUAGACAUUUUAAGAGGCUGUGGACCGGCUGUUAUGAGGGAUGAUGUUGCGGUGGUCCAGCGCUACGACCACACAAAGUCCAGGUUGGACGUCACGCCUCUGUCGAAGCGUGGGCUCGCAAUGGGCUUGAAAAAGGAUGAAGACGCACAAAGGAAGAUUGUGGACUCUGCACAGGUGGUUCUCGUCAAUGCGUACAGUUGCGUUUGCUCUCCGGAUGCGGGUAGGCUUCAUCCAGUGAUGCACCAGAUGGAGGAUGCAGAGCUGUGCGCCCUGCAAAAGAUCACCAGCUCCAUCUGCGAACCGGCAGAUUCGAGCAGCUCCCAGCUGAAAGAUCAGCUGAAGGAGCUGAAGCGCAAUGCCGAAGCACAGCAGCAAGAGAUGGACAAACAAAAGGAGCAGUCCUCCAGGCUUGCCAAAGAUCUGCAAGCCCAGCUGGCUGCAGUUUCAGAGGCCAAAGAAAAAUCGAAGGCUGACGACGAGCUCUCCAGGUCCAAAGACCUCCCAGAAGCGGAGAAGGCGUCUGGGGAGUCCAGCGCGGAGCUAAAAAAGCAGCUGGAGGAGCUGAAGCAGACUGCCGAAGCACAACGGCAAGAGAUCGAAAAGCAGAAGCAGGAAUCCUCCAGGUGUAUACAAGAUCUACAAGCACAGCUGGCUUCGCUUGCAGAGACUGCCAAAGAGAAGCAGAAGGCUGAUGAGGAAACCUCCAGGACCAAAGACGUCGCAGAAGCGGAGAAGGAAUCCGGGGAGUCCAGCGCAGAGCUCAAAAAGCAGCUGGAGGAGCUGAAGCAGACUGCCGAAGCACAACGGCAAGAGAGCGAAAAGCAGAAGCAGGAAUCCUCCAGGUGUAUACAAGAUCUACAAGCACAGCUGGCUUCGCUUGCAGAGACUGCCAAAGAGAAGCAGAAGGCUGAUGAGGAAACCUCCAGGACCAAAGACGUCGCAGAAGCGGAGAAGGAAUCCGGGGAGUCCAGCGCAGAGCUCAAAAAGCAGCUGGAGGAGCUGAAGCAGACUGCCGAAGCACAACGGCAAGAGAGCGAAAAGCAGAAGCAGGAAUCCUCCAGGUGUAUACAAGAUCUACAAGCGCAGCUGGCUUCGCUUGCAGAGACUGCCAUUGAGAAGCAGAAGGCUGAUGAGGAAACCUCCAGGACCAGGGACGUCGCAGAAGCGGAGAAGGAAUCCGGGGAGUCCAGCGCAGAGCUCAAAAAGCAGCUGGAGGAGCUGAAGCAGACUGCCGAAGCACAACGGCAAGAGAUCGAAAAGCAGAAGCAGGAAUCCUCCAGGGCGAAAGACCUCGCAGAAGCCGAGAAGGUCGCAAAAGAGAGCGCUAUCGAAAAAAUGAAGAAGGAAGCUGCAGACCUCGAGAAAUCUCGGAGCGAUGAGCGCGCAAAGGUCUUUCAGCUGAAUGCCGGCCUGGUGGACAGAAUGACAAAAGAUCUGGAGGCAGCACGCACGGAGAAAGAAGCCGUGAACCAAGGUAAAGAGGCAGCCGAGCAAAGGCUAGCGGAACUAACUGACCGCUUUGCCUCGGAGCGUGCCAAGUUGGAGGACUCAAUGCGCGAGGAGAAGAAGAAGGCGGAGAGCGCGGCCGAGAACAUGCAGGCGCAGCUCAAAACUGCGGAUGCGGCUGCUAUAAAGUCGAAGGAGGAGCUGGGGAAGGCGAAGUCACACUUGGAGGAUCUCCAGGACAAGCUACAGAUUCUCCAAGCGGAGAGGGACGAGUUGUCCAAGAAGCUGGAAGGUGCAAUAUCCAAAUCAAGUCUGCCAGCAGGCUGCAAAGAUGUCGCCGACCUGGUGCGCCAAAGGACGGCCUCGAGAGAGGAGGCCGCGGCCGAGCGAUUGGCCCGAGAGCAGUACCAGCAGGCCUUGGAGAAAGUCGAGAAGGCCAUCCAGCAUCGCUUACCCAUCCUCGUGAGCCAAAAGCAGGAGAUCGGUCGCUUCAAGAGCCGCGCGGCUCUGUUGACGAAGCAGAACGAGGAUCUUCUGGCGAGAGUGAAAGAGCUGGAGGCCAAGAAUAGCGACGCCGAGGCCCGCGCAACGAAGGCUACGGAGUCGAAGAAGCUCGUGGAAGAUUACGCCCGUGAUGCCGCCCAUCAGCUGGCAGUUCUUCUCCACGAGAACCGUAAGCUGACUGGUUCCCUUCCUGCAUCCGAAGUGACGAUGGAGGCACGGGAGGAGAACAGAAGAGCCUUCCGCACUGUGCAGGAGCUUGUGGACCAGAAUCUCUCCAUGAGAAACUCCAUCAGUCAGCUCCUCCGUGAGUCGCAGGAAGAAAGAAAGGAAAUGCAGCUGGCCAACGACCGCGAGAAGCAGCUGGACAAAAAGCUGAAAGAUCAAGAAGAGAAAUAUACCGGCUUGUUCGAGGAGCAAAAAGCUCAGAUUCGCAAGAUUGAACAAGAAAGAGAUCAUGCGCAAAGCGAGGCCAAGGAGACCACGAAGCAGCGAGAGGCAGAGGCUGAAGCGCGAAAGGUUCAGAUCGAGGCAGAGCAGAAGACAUUGAGCGACGAACGAAGCAAAAACGAGGAGCUGAGCAAGGCACGCGAGUCUCUGGAAAAAGCGAUCAAAGAGAAGGACCAGCGUGCACAAGAGGCCGCCAAAAAGGCACAGGAAGAGCUUGACAAGGAGAAGAAGGAGAAGGAACAACAAGCACAAGAAGCCGCCACGCAGCAGUCCGAGCUGAACAAGAAGGUCACUCAGCUCGAGGCUACACUGCAGGAGGAGCGCGGCAAGGUCCAGACCCUGACCAAGGUGCGUGACGACUUGGCCAAAGAAGCGAAGGAGCAGGAAAGACGUGCCAAGCAAAGUGAAGGUCUUAAGGCGUUGCACACCAAGAAAAUCGAUGAACUGACCGCGAAGUUGGAGGCGGAAAAAAAGCAACUGGAAGACGAGCGGAGCAAGACCCAAUCCAUGACCAAGGCACAAGAAGAUUCUGCAAAGGAAGCCAAGGAGAAGGGCUCACAACACUCCGAACUCCAGAAGAAGUUCACGCAGCUGGAGGCCACACUGCAGGAGGAGCGGGGCAAGACUCAGGCGAUCACCAAGGUUCGUGACAACAUGGAGAAGGCAGCCCAAGAGCAGGAGAAGAAGCUUCAAGCCAAUGACACAUUGAAGCAGUUGCAGAUGAAACGCGUCGACAAACUGGAGGAAGAGAAGAAGCUCUUGACCGAGCAAGUGGCGAAGCUCAAGGCUGAAAUGGCGAAGCGAGCGCCUGAGGAUCAGAAGGAGCUGAAGGCCGUUCAGAGGCAAGCUGACCUGGCGAUACACCUUUCCAUGGAGUACCGCAAGGCUGUGGAAGCCUUGCUGCCAGAGGUUGCGGGCGGCCAAGACGCUCUCGCGGUACAGCAUAAGCCCGCACCGCAGCCGGCACAAGAAGCCGUGGCGGCGAAGGCCGAGAGCAAAGCAGCUGAAGUGCAAGAGGCACAGCCAGAGCAGGCCGAAGCCAAAGCAGGUGAAGUUCAAGCAACUCAGCUGCAGCAGGCCGAAAGCAAAGCAGCUGAAGCGCAGGAAGCGCAGGCCGAAGCCAAAGCAGGUGAAGUUGAAGCACCUCAGCUGCAGCAGGCCGAAAGCAAAGCAGCUGAAGUACAGGAGACACAGCCUGCGCAGGCCGAGAGCAAAGCAGCUGAAGUGCAAGAGGCACAGCCAGAGCAGGCCGAAGCCAAAGCAGGUGAAGUUGAAGCACCUCAGCUGCAGCAGGCCGAAAGCAAAGCAGCUGAAGUACAGGAAACACAGCCUGCGCAGGCCGAACACAAGGCUGCUGAACCACAAGAGACGAUGCCUGAGCAGGGCACAAAGCGAAAGGCCGAAAGCCUCGAAGCCGAGGCAGAGCAGCAGGAGGCCAAGGUUCAGAGCACUGAAGAGAAAAAGCCCGAGGCGCGCAGCCAAGGGCCUGGAUCCUCCGGCACCGAGCUCAAAGCAGAGGGCCAGGUUGCAGACGGCAAAGAUGCUCCCGCCGUUCCGGAGAAGCCCGCACCGCAGCCGGCGGAAGAAGCCGUGGCGGCGAAGGCCGCAGGCAAAGCGGCUGAAGCGCUGGAGACACAGCCAGAGCAGGUCGAAACCAAAGCAGCCGAAGUUCAAGCAACGCCGCUGCAGGCCGAAAGCAAAGCACCUGAAACACAAGAGACGCGGCCUGAGCAGGCUGACAGCAAAGCAGCUGAAACGCAGGAGACGCAGCCUGAGCAGGCUGACAGCAAAGCAGCUGAAACGCAGGAGACACAGCCUGAGCAGGGCACAAAGCGAAAGGCCGAAAGCCUCGAAGCCGAGGCAGAGCAGCAGGAGGCCAAGGUUCAGAGCACUGAGGAGAAAAAGCCCGAGGCGCGCAGCCAAGGGCCUGGAUCCUCCGGAACCAAGCGCAAAGCAGAGGGCCCUCCACCCAUACGCUUGGCACAACUUGCGCAGGCUAAUGUCAAGGCCCUGGUGCAGGAGCAUGCGUCUAAGGCUGCACGCUCUGAAGGCCACUCCAGCCAGCCGCCUGCAGCAGAGGAUCCGAUCCAAGUCCUGGACGAUGAUUAG